AUGUCAAUCAUUGUCAGCUCAAUUGCCAAGCCGUGUCAAGCGCAAAGACCUCCCCAGUGUCACUAUCCAAGCACCACAGCCAGCCCCGGAACUCGGAAAAUUUACGGAGUUCUUACUAUGCGUAAGGCCUCAGGCCAAUCGGGUUGCUGGCUUGUGGCAACGCUGCCUUUCUUAACUACUCACCAGUAUGGUAUGAUAGUUAGCAGCCCAUAUGAUGAGCUCAUAUUUUUACGUACCGUUAUUGGCAGGUUAUUUAAUGCUACUGCUUUCGAGUGGCUUGCAGAUUUCCUUCUGCUCCAAAUCCUCUGGAUGAGCUCGCACCUGAUGAGAGCCCAGUCACCGCCCCUUGCAUCUGCCCUCUUCAAUUGGGCGCGAAAUUUCCCCAUCCUGAAGUUCUCCCCAGCAUUUUUUCCAGCAUGGCGGGGGUGUCCGAUGGACCGCCACCCCUGUCACAUCUCUAGGCCUGAUGACUGGGUUGUAGCAACGUGGAGAAUUCCGGCAACACUGUUUGAAAUACAUUAUUCGCUCUCUUCUGGUCUGUACCACAAAGGAGACAGGACGAAAAGCUCCUCCUGGGGGGUUGUGUGUUCCAAAGGCCACGAGGCAGUUCUGUCCCACCACCCCCAGCCGGAGCCUGGCCUCAAUCCAACCAAGUUCGAAACCAUUGCAGCCCAGUUUUCCAAUCCCCCUACCGGUUCCUCGUGGAUUGGUGGUGCCUUGUUUUUUAUCCCUUCCACUUCCGCCGGCUUCAAGCCUUGUACCCAAUCGCGCUAUAACAUGUCAACUCCGUCAAAAAAGCGAUGCGGUGUCCUAGGAGCAACCGGCGCAGUGGGAACGCGCUUCAUCCUCCUACUCGAGCAAAGCCCCUUACUCGAACUGGUAGCGGUAGGUGCUUCGGAGAGGUCAGCGGGUAAGAAAUAUCGCGAUGCCGUGCGCUGGAAACAAGCGUCGCCGAUGCCUGCCAGCGUUGCAGACCUGACCGUCCGCCGCUGUGCCCCCUCUGAAUUCUCAGACUGUGAUAUCAUUUUCUCCGGCCUGGAUCCUGUUGCUGCUGGUGAUAUUGAGAUGGCAUUUCUCAAGGCAAACUUUGCUGUCUUUUCCAAUGCGAAGAAUUAUCGACUGGAUCCUAUAGUACCCCUGGUGGUGCCCUUGGUGAACGCGGGGCACAUCGAUGUGAUUCCGGCGCAAAGGAAGCAUUAUGGACUUGACAAGGGACUGAUCGUUUGUAACUCAAAUUGUGCGGUCGUGGGACUGGUAAUUCCGGCCAAGGCACUUAUUCAAAAGUUUGGCCCUAUUGAGUCAGUGAGCAUGGUGACCAUGCAGGCUGUGUCAGGAGCAGGCUAUCCUGGCGUCAGCAGUAAGUACCAUACAUAUAUCGUCACAGUGGUGGGCAGAAUGACCCCUUUCGUCAAUUGUCUUACUGAAUUUUGUGUCAGGCAUGGACAUCUUCGAUAACAUCGUACCCUUCAUCCCUGGCGAGGAGGGCAAGAUCGCCACCGAAUCACGCAAGAUUCUAGGCAAUUUGAACCCAGACCUCGCUGGGUUCAGCGACCAACAACCCCUCCAAGUUUCCGUUGCGUGCAACCGCGUCCCAGUGCUCGACGGCCAUACCGUCUGUGCAUCCUUGCGCUUCGUAAAUCGCCCUGCACCCACCGCGAGCCAGGUCCGCGAUGCGUUGAGAGAGUACAAAUCAGAGGUUCAACUGCUAGGGUGCCCUUCCGCGCCAAGGCAGGCUAUUCAUGUUCUAGAUGAUGUGGACAGGCCGCAGCCCCGCCUCGAUAGAGACACCGAAGCGGGCUAUGCUUGCAGCGUAGGGAGGAUUAGGGAAGAUGAUAGUGGGGUUUUUGACAUUCAGUUCGUUGCUCUCAGUCAUAAUACAGUUCUAGGUGCAUCAGGCAGUAGUAUCUUGAACGCGGAGAGCGCGAUUCUGAAAGGAUAUAUAUAACUUCGUCCGCCCCCUGGGUAGGUUGCUACACCGCGAACGACCUAUUCGUUCGUGGCACAUGCUCUACGCCUGAUCCCCUUAUGCGCUGAGCGACUUUGGUCGCCAACCUCCGUACCACUGUGGACCCUCGAAUUUCAUGAGAGAUCAUGGUGUAAAAUAUCUUCUUAUCCUAGACGUCACAUACAUGUGAAAAAAAAUCUAAGCAAAAAGAAUUUAAUAUAAAAGACCAACGCAGUGUGCUGGGAGUUCAGUGGCUUUUUAAUCUCGGAGCAACUUUAUGUUAUGUUGAUAUUCCUCGAGAAUUGAAAGCAUGCCAGAUGAAAAUUGUGAGGUCGAUUUUUUUUUUUUUUUUUU